AUGGCCAAACCCGCGGAGAAACGUGUUCGUUUCAAAGAGAACAACAGCCAGCGGGUGAAGGAUCUGCACCAGCUCGGACCCGGAGCAGCAUACGUUGCCGUGCUGUUGGUGAUCGCGUCCGCUCUACUGACACGCUAUUGGUCCACGCGACUACCGGCUGCGCUGACCGUCGCGGAUCUGGAGCGAACGCCGCACGCAUUCAUUGCCGAACGGGCCUGGGCUAGCCUGAAAACGUUGAACGACAUCGGCCCGAAGCCGGCCGGAAGCCAGGCGAACGAGCUGCUGGCGCACGAGUUCCUGCUCAAGGAGCUGCAGACCAUUGGCGCAACGAGCCACCCGGCCCAGGCGCUAGAAGUGGACCGGCAAACGGUAACCGGGGCGUUUGCCGCUGUGAUGCUGAACCAAUCGAUGACCAGCAUGUACCGGAACGUGCAGAACGUCGUGGCACGGCUAGUAGGCGACGGACCGCAGGCGCUGCUGCUGAACUGUCACUUUGACACGGUUGCUAGCAGCCCCGGAGCGAGUGAUGACGGGGCAAGCUGCGCAGUGAUGUUGGAAGUGUUGCGCGUUUUAUCGCGCCGCCCGGUUCGCGCCCGUCACACGAUAACGUUUCUGUUCAACGGUGCCGAGGAGACGAUGUUGCAGGCCGCCCAUGGAUUUAUCACACAGCACCCGUGGGCGGUUGAUGUACGAGCCUUUUUGAACCUCGAAUCAUCCGGUUCCGGUGGCAAGGAAGUGCUCUUUCAGGCCGGACCGCACCAUCCGUGGUUGAUUGAGGCGUACGCACGGGCCAUACGCUACCCAUAUGCGCACGCAGUUGGGGAAGAGAUUUUCCAACUCGGCCUAAUACCCUCCGAUACGGAUUUUCGAAUGUUCCGCGAUUACGGCGAAGUGCCGGGGAUGGACUUUGCGCACAUUGCCAACGGAUACCGAUACCACACGCGGUACGAUUCCAUGGACUUCCUGUCCCUGGAGGUACUCCAGCGAACCGGAGACAAUAUUUUGCAACUGACCCGCGAGCUCGCGAACGGCGACGAGCUAGCGGCAGGCCUUGGUCGGUUGUCUAAAGGAGAGACGGUAUUUUUCGACCUGGUUGGGUUACUGUUCGUGCACUACAGUGUCGCGGCCAGCCGAGUGAUCAACUUGUCCGUAUCGAUUCUUUCCGUAGCAGUUCCGCUGCUGGCGCUAGCAAGAGGCCAUCGAAAGCCGGACGCACUUCGUGAGACAUUGUUCGGUUUGGUGGCCACUUUUCUAGGGACCGUUUUUAGUCUCGUUUCCUGCACCACCAUUGCCCGACAGCUGGACUUCCUGGGCAAUAGCAUGAGCUGGUACACGAACACCUACCUCAUCGUGGGAAUGUACUGCUGUCCGGCGUUGCUGGCCCACUGUUUCGUGUACCUGUUUAUGGUCACUUUCUACUCCAACGACAAGAGCAAACUGACCCGCGGUGAAAUGACGCAAGCGAGAAUCGCGGGUGUCACCAUGUUCUGGGCUAUCGUCACCGUUUGCGCCACGCUGGCCGGCUACCGCAGUGCCUACAUAACCAUGGUGCUUCUUCUGUGCUCGCUGGCUUCCUCCACGGUCAACGCAGUGUUUGGCAAUGGUCGAACGGCCCGUAGCUGGAUUUACGUGCAUGUGGCCUUCCAGCUGCCCGCUCUGCUAUGGACAACCAAUUUCUACAAUGUCCUUAUCGAGCUGUUCGUACCGAUCACGGGCCGCUUCGGAGGGUCACGCAAUCCGGAUGUGUUUAUCAGUCUCCUGGCAGCGGCCGGAACGCUCCUUUGCUGCAGCUAUUUACUACCACUGAUCGCCCAGCUUCGAAGUAUGAUGAGCUUCACGGCCAAACUGUCGGCGAUCAUCGUCGUCACCGUUUUAGUGGCGUGCCUUAGCCCCCUCGGGUUUCCGUACCGCGAUGAGAGCACAGCACCGUCGGCGCCAACCCCCCAGCGACACUAUGUUACCCACACUUUCCGCGUUUUCCACGACGAAAUCGGUCUUUACAAAAGGGCCGAUUCGGGCUACUUUUUCCAGGAAAUGGACCGAAACACAAAACGAACAAUCGAGCAACUGGUGGGCCCGGGAGAAACACUAACACCGAUGCGGAAGAUGAGUUCUUGCGACGCCGAACUCUUUUGCGCGCUACCUUUCCAUUCGUUGUGGCAUCAGAUGCGAUUCAACAACUACUGGCUGCCAGGACCUGAGCCUCUCUACGAUAACAUGGUCACCAUGGCGUAUCUCGGCACGGAGGAGCUAGGCUCCAACAGACAGCGGCUAUCGUUCGCCAUGGACGCUAGUAUACAGUCGUCGGUUAUGGUUGGACCGAAAGCAGGUGUGAAGCUCAUUGGAUGGUCACUGCUGGACCACGUACCUCCUCCGGCCACGUUCGCGGGCCGGGAGGCACACUUCGUUUCCAUCACGCACGGCUUGCCGGGCAAAACGUGGAACGUGACACUCGAUUUGCAGUACGAUCAGCCGAAGCGCAAGGGUGAACUGGUGGACAUUGUGGUGACGACCAAAUUCUGGGAGUACCACCAUAUGCACACGCGCGAUUUCGAGCAGCUCCUGGCAGAGUUUCCGCCUUGGGCACACGUUGUACCAUCGGUCGCGGUUAUCAGUGUUUUCCCGCUCUAG